UGUGGUCGGAUAACAGCGUUAUUUUCAACAAAAGCUAGACGAAAGUAUUAGAAAGCGAUCUGGACUUGAGGUGAGAAGCACGUAUAUUAUAAGAAUAAAAAUGACUUGCACUAACGAUAAAGUAUGUAGGUGUGAGUAACUAUAUAUAUCCUUAUCACAGUCUUUUAUCUUUUAAUGUGUUUGUUAUUUUCCGGUUUGCAGCUGAGUCAAACAUAUUCAUGCACGUAAAUAAUUACGAAAUCAUUUUUUUUUAAUAUUUCAAAGGCGGCAAAGGAGCAGACGGCAAACAGGCAGGCAGACUACCGGAUGGAAAGUAAUCCCCGUCGCCCAUCAUAAGUGAUGUUGCAGAUACCUUGCCAACCUUGAUUGUCAAAGAGGGAGAGGAAAUGCUGGGAAAAUCUCUCACUAAUCGGACGAAACGCAGCCACUAAAGACUACUUCAUGUUUUUUAUUCAUCCUACUGGAUAGUGAUUGACUAUAAGUGUCUAUUCACCAAAUGCCAGGUAGAAAUAAAGCCGCAGGUGAUGACUGUUUUAAGUGUGAAAUUAACAUAUCCUAUAUCUCUAUCUCUUUCGAACUUUAUUACAUCCCGUCUGGCCUCAGAACUAAAUUGAUGGACCUCCACAAUAAUGCUGUCAUUUGCGUUACGGAAUAUAUCACAGCUAAAACGAUUAGUAAUAAGGCUAUCGUGCCAGAGUUUAUUUAAUGUUUUUGAGAUAUCAAUUGAAACUCUGGAGCUUCACAUUUUUUAUAUUAGGUUUUUGUGUGUCACGUACACGAGAAGAUUCCCAGUCACCAAUUUAGGUCCAAUGGCCCUCGAAAAGAUAGAUUGAAUGUUUGUGCCUCACACUGAAAAUAAUGUGGUCAACUUCAACCAAAUUGAAAAAAGUCAGCCUUUUACCUGAAUGAGGACGUGACUGAAGGUAAUAAAAUAUUCCAUCGCCUAUUGUUUCACCUCAAUUAUAGUAUUCACGUGUCUAAAUUAAUCUCCAACAGAGAAGCAAUCCUGCCGCUCAGAAUAAUGUGCAUAGAUAUGCUAAAACUGGUAAAGGCUAAGAAAUAUGUCGAAAUAAAGUUUGCUACGCAUUGGUCAGAGGUACAAGACUGGGCAUGGAACUUCCAUGGCGUAUCUGUUUAAAUCUGUUGUUAGUAGAAGAUCCAGGGAAAUGGCUGUUUAGUCGUCAGCAUCCGACCCUUUGUAGUUUUCUUUACAGGACAGGAAAAACUUAGUGGCAAGGAAAAAUUCCCGAUAUCUCAUCUAUCGGCCUUAUUUAGCUUAUAUGCAAACAGCCACUCUUGAUAUUAUUUAUUUAAGUCUAUAAAAACCUCUCUUUUAAAAGGUACUCACGUAGGGCCAUAUCUGCGGUCUCACUAAGAUAUUAAAAUGGCCGAAUCGUCUCCUGAUCACCACUUUGUCAACGGUAAAUACCGGAAUAGACUAUUUUGUUUACACCCAUGUCCACCAGAAUUCAGAGCCAAGAAAAAUUGCGGUUUUCAAGGUGACGGAGAAGCUAAUAGCAAAUAUCAUCCUAGAUAUUCAUACACACUCCUGCGAGCUGAUGAAAGUUAGUCUUCGACUAGAUAAGAAAUUUUGGCUUUUUAGUCUGUACUGAUGGUAGACUGGCAAGAAAUUUAAAUUCAGGCCAGUAAUGCAAGUCAGGUGCAUGUUGAGCUGUAGGAGGUGCAGCUGUAUUAAAAACUUGCUUCUUUUACUAUACAUUUUUAUUUUGGAUGGUGACGGAGAAGACGCGUGAACAAAGAAAAACGGGAUGGAAAUAAUUUUUAAAAUAAAUACCAUUUGAACAUCUUACGAAACAUUUUAACCUCAGAAAUAGAUGAUUGAAUGAAUAAUGUCAUGGAAAUUACUUUUAUUUGUUAUCACAAUAGCAGACCUACGAGUCAAUAAAUCUUAUUAUUAUAUUAUCAUACAGAGAGACGCCCCGUAAUAAUUUCAUCAAUUAUUCUAAGAAACGACCAGUAGGUAAUAAGAUUUUUGUUUUGUUUCUGUCACGGUCUCUUUAUAUUAAGUCACGUAGGAGUCAAGAACAAAAUACACGAAAUGUUUCAUUAUAUCGUGAGAAACGUUUUAGUAGGAAAGAAGAAUUGUUUUUAUAAAAGGAAGCACGUUUGGACAGAAAAUAAUGUAGUUAGAUCACCCUUUGAAGAUGUUAACAUUCCUGAUGUUACUCUACCUGAACAUAUCUGGAGUAAUUUACAUAAAUGGUCGGAUAAGAUAGCAAUCGUUUGCGGAGUAACUGAUAGACAAUAUAAAUACUUGGAUAUUUAUCAAAAAUCCCAGACGUUAGGAGCGAGCUUUAGGAAAAAAUUUAAUAUUAAAGAUGGUGACCUCAUUACCAUUAUGUUGCCUAAUAUUCCGGAAUAUCCCAUCGUGACUUUAGGUAUAUUGAAUGCUGGAGCAGUAGUUACAACUUUAAAUCCAGUUUAUACCGCAUAUGAAGUACAAAAACAACUAGCGACAUGUAAAGUUAAAGUAAUAGUGAGUUCUGCAGAGAAUGUAUCCACUAUAAAACAAGCAUUGGACUUAAACAAAAUGAGUACACCCAUAAUUGUAGUCGAUUUCAAUAGUCCACGUCCCGAUGGAACUAUAUCGUUUAAAGAAAUUAUAAACGAUACUAUUGACACAAGUAUUUUAAAAGAAGUCAAAACUAAACCUCGUGAUGUAUCAUUUCUACUGUAUUCGAGUGGAACAACAGGACUACCGAAAGGUGUAGAAUUAACGCAUAGAAAUAAAGUUGCUAAUUCUAUACAACAAGAUUCCGAAGAGAUCAAACAUUAUAAUCUAACUACAGAUUCAAAUCAAGACACCAUUUUGUUAUACCUUCCUAUGUUCCACUCUUAUGGAAUGUCUGUAAAAAUGUUACACAAACUUUCGGUUGGCUUAAAGUUAGUCACUCUACCCAAAUUUAAACCUGACACAUUCAUUAGUAUUUUGGAAAAACAUAAGAUCAACCUAACAUAUCUUGUUCCUCCUACAGUCUUAUUUUUGGGAUCAGACCCUCAAGUGAAAAGGAAACAUUUUCAGUAUCUAAACUUUUUGGGAACCGGAGGGGCUCCAUCUCCACGGGCAGACAUAGAGAAGUUGUUAGAUAAAGUUGGCCACGGAGUACGGUUCGGUCAAGUUUAUGGCUUAACAGAAGUUUCUCCUUUAGCAACGAUGUGUCCUGUUGAUUUCAAAAAUUAUAAUUCUGUUGGUUUUCCAUUGCCUAACGUCCAAUUGAGGAUUGUGGACGAGAAUGCAAAAAACCUAGGACCCAAUGAGUUAGGAGAGUUGCUUAUUAAAGGACCAAACGUAAUGAAAGGUUAUAGGAAUAAUCCGGAAGCAAACAAACAAGUUUUUCUAGAAGAUGGAUGGUUCCGAACUGGUGAUCAAGCACAAUUCGAAAAAGAUGGAUCUCUUAUUAUUGCGGAUAGAUAUAAAGAACUAAUAAAGGUUAACGCCUAUCAAGUAGCACCAGCGGAGCUAGAAAGCGUAAUAAAAGAUCAUCCUGGUGUCUUUGAUGUGGCUGUAGUCGGUAUACCUGAUAGUAAAACGGGAGAGAAACCCAAAGCUUUUGUUGUUCUUAACAAAAAUAGCCCAGCAAAUGAAGCGGAUAUUAUAGAGUUUGCUAAUAAGAAGGUCGCACCGUAUAAACACAUUAAGGAGGUCCAAUUCAUUGAGAGCAUACCAAAAAAUCCAUCUGGUAAAAUUUUAAGGAGGUUACUUGAAAAAUAAAUUAAAAAUAAUAAAGAUAA